CGAUGACCCUGUGUAUUGACAGCUUCUGUGGUCUAGACUGCGUUCAAAAAAGACGGACUAAGUUUCGUACUUUUGAGUUCCCAACAAUUUCCACGCUCAUAAUAUCACGAGUUCGAGACGGCGUUUGAAUAUGUAAACACCCUAUCUUGCAUGUAUGUGCAUUGUCUUUUCAACCGCGCACAUGACUCUAAUUUCGACAUGGUUGUGUGUCGCAAGGGAUACAGCUGCGCUGACAACUCGGCUGCAUGAAGAAUCCAGUUUCAACUCAGCUCUCAUGUGCCCCGGAACCCACCCGACAGUUGGAGGACUCGACCCGAGAUACUCAGCAACCAAUGGAAGCUGUCUCUCGGGAUGUUUUGCAGAUCCAGACAAUCUCGUGGCGGAAAAGACCGUGGGUUGAAACACCUAUGUGGCGGUGCCAUUGACAGGGUUGUAAGUCGAUGAUGACGAGAGAUAUCACCGUGGCCCAAUUGAGUCUCUGCAUGUCUAUAUUUUCGUCCAAUUCAUGGCCGGGUGGGUGGUUAUUCCCUUGGAAACCGGCCGGACUGGGCGUUGUGCCUCUGGAUUGAAGUCAAUGUCGAGACCAUUCCAUGGUCUUCCUAUUUAUUUUCCCGGGCGUUGAAUAACAUUAUAAAGGGUCAUUCAACAACCGGGCAACCGGGCAACAAGAGCAGCCGGAACGGUUCCGACGUCCAAUGUUUUGCAAGCAAUUCAAUAUUUGCUAGCAAUAUAGCUGCAUAGCUGUAUCUGACUUGUCCUC